UAAAAGUAAGUUUUAAAAAUAUUACAGAGUCUAUAUCUACUCAGAUAUUGUGAGCCCACCAUGCAGAUCCGUUUUGAUGACUGCCAAAGCUUUGAAUAUAUAUGGCAACAUUGAAAUCAAAGAGCUGAUACUAUUUAAAAAACAACACAAAAAUUUACCAGAACUUACAAAAAUAAAUUCCAGAAACACUUUACCGACAAUGGCCGUCAAGGAAAUCGGUGAGGAUGAGGGUGUGGAUUAUUCUUUGUGGGAUAGUCAUGCAAUCGUCGUGUAUCUGGCUCAAAAAUACGGAAGUAUAAACAAUCCAUUGUUUCCCUCCGGGAGCAUUGAGAUUCAAGGGCAGAUCAACGAAUGGCUGCAUUUUGACAACGGCACCUUGUAUCCGGCAUUCAAAAAACAAUACAACCCUUGGCUUUUUGAUAACGAGCCGAAAACGGUUGAUAAUAAAGACCUCACAGACGCACUCGAGUUUUUAGAAAAGUCGUUAAAACCUGAAUUUAAGUUUGUUAUCGGAAAUGAACCGACUUUGGCUGAUAUUGCUUUAGUCGCCUCCAUUUCAACAUUUGAGGUUGCCGGUGUUGAAUUGACGAAGUACAAUAAAAUUAUUAAAUGGCUAACACAUUGCAAGGAAUUGUAUAUCUACAAAACUAUCAAUAUAAAGGGACUCGCUAAAAUCGAGGGAUUGGUAAAACUACGCAAAGCAGAUGAGAAGGUCGAAACUGAAAGCACAUGAUUAAGAGGCAGCUUAGCAUACCGCUGGAGGUUCCAGAGAUGACUCAUAAUAGGCGCCUUGUCUAUAAUUAUUUGUGUUUUUCCGAUCAGAUUUUGUGUUUUGAUCACACCAUUUUCAUUUUGCACUAUUCAAUGCUAUGAAUGUAAUAAUUGCAUUUUUAAAAUUUUAAAUUAACAAAAAUAUAUAGCGAUAAUAUAAUACAAAAAUGAUA